AUGUUUCAAAAACAAGAGAGGCACAAGUGGAAGACCAUGUUCAGAUAUGUCGUAGUGGGUUCUGUCUUCAUCAGUAUUACUCUGCUGUACUGCCUUUCAAAACUACUGGCCAACAUCGAUCCACCAGAACUCCCAUUGCCUCACUCAUGUGCUCCUCAACCAGACCAAGAUGCAAGCAACUCGCAACAGAACAAAAACAUCUGUGUCCCUAAAGUUGACAUCAUGUUUCUAAAGACCCAUAAAACUGGUAGCAGCACUUUACUCAACAUUUUGUUUCGCUUUGGAGAGAAGAAUAAGCUGAAAUUUGCCUUCCCCAGUAGCAGAAAUGACUUCCUCUACCCCUCACCUUUCCAUCACAUGUACGUUCAUGACUACACACCUGGAAUGUGUUACAACAUAAUGUGUAAUCACAUGCGUUUCAAUGCCCCCGAGGUGUCGAAAGUGCUGCCUAAAGAUACAUUCUACAUCACCAUCCUGCGAGACCCAGCAGAACUCUUUGAGUCAGCCUUUCAUUACUAUGGCCCUACUGUCCCGCUGAUCAUGAAGAUGCCAGGUAAAAACAAGAUGUCAGAGUUCCUGCGUGAUCCUGACCGUUACUUCAUCCCAGAUGGAUUCAACUCUUUCUACUUGAAGAACCUACUGUUCUUUGACUUUGGGUGGGACAGCACCCUGGAUCCAGAUGAUCCACAUGUGGAGGAGAGCAUCAGGCUCAUUGCUGAGCAAUUUCACUUGGUCAUGCUAAUGGAGUACUUUGAGGAAUCACUCAUCCUGUUCAAAGAUACUCUAUGCUGGGAUGAUCUCCUUUUCUUCAAACUUAACUUCCGCAAGGAAUCUACUGUAUCCAGUCUGACACCAGAGCUGAGGAGAAAAGCCCUGGAGUGGAAUGCUAUUGACUGGAAGCUCUAUAUGCAUUUUAACUUCACCUUCUGGAAGAAGGUGGAGUCAUAUGGAAGGAAGCGUAUGGAAAUGGAUGUCGCAGAGCUCAGGAGGAGGAAUGCACACAUGGUGGAUAUCUGUAUUAAAGGAGGUCAUGCUGUUGAAGCAGAACGCAUCGAUGACGCAGCCCUGCAGCCAUGGCAGCCCAGUAAAGAGAAGUCCAUCAUGGGAUACAACUUGAAAGAUAAUAUAAACAAAUCCUACUAUCAGAUAUGCCAAAGGAUGAUAACUCCAGAAAUUCAAUAUCUCUCAGACUUGGGAGUUAACCUGUGGCUCACUAAGCUGUGGGGACUGUUAAAAAAUAUUCUGAACCUGUGA